CUUUUGCUCUUCCCCAGAUGCGCGGGGACUGCCAUUGACCCGGUGUCGCUGUAGAACUGAAGUCGCCGUGUAAUGAUGUUGUGAAGUCGCUCGCGCGUCCCAGCCACGCCCGGGCGGUUCCAGGCGGUGGCAGCCGCCCGGCUGCAACUCUGAGGCUGCUGCCGCUUUAGAAGCUUCUCCUUGAGGGAACGGGGGCGGAGGACUCCGGGCCAUUCCUGUUAUGACUGUCCAAGGUAUGAUAAUGACCUGAGAGCACUCGUGGCUGCAGAUGUCAUUUGUCACAUCAGAAAAAAAAUCUGUUUAAAAGAAAAUAUCUAUACAACCAGAUCCAUUUUUUUAUUGAAUGGCUUGAUGGAUUUCCUUUACUCUAAUUCAUACCAAAGCUGUCCUUCUCAACCAAAGCAAGAAAGGAUCCUGCAUGAAUCAAUCCCAGAAUGCCAUUUUUACAUCACCAGCGGGUGAAGAAAACCUCAUGAAUAGCAAUCACAGAGACUCAGAGAGCAUCACUGAUGUCUGCUCCAAUGAAGAUCUCCCUGAAGUUGAGCUGGUGAGUCUGCUAGAAGAACAACUACCCCAGUAUAGACUAAAAGUUGACUCUCUCUUUCUAUACGAAAAUCAAGACUGGGCUCAGUCCUCACACCAGCAGCAGCAUGCAUCUGGUGCCCUCUCUCCAGUCCUUGCCGAAGAGACUUUCCGUUAUAUGAUUCUAGGCACAGACAGGGUAGAGCAGAUGACCAGAACUUACAAUGACAUCGACAUGGUUACACAUCUCCUGGCAGAGAGGGAUCGUGACCUGGAGCUAGCUGCUCGAAUUGGACAAGCUCUCUUAAAGCGGAACCAUGUCUUGUCUGAGCAGAAUGAAGCCCUGGAGGAGCAGCUAGGACAAGCUUUUGAUCAAGUUAAUCAACUGCAGCAUGAGCUAUCCAAGAAAGAUGAGUUACUUCGAAUUGUCUCCAUUGCUUCUGAAGAGAGUGAAACUGAUUCCAGCUGUUCUACACCUCUUCGGUUCAAUGAGUCCUUUAGCUUAUCUCAAGGCUUGCUGCAGCUGGACAUGCUGCAAGAAAAGCUCAAGGAACUGGAAGAAGAGAAUAUGGCUCUUCGAUCCAAGGCUUGUCACAUAAAGACAGAAACUAUUACCUAUGAAGAGAAAGAACAACAGCUUGUCAAUGACUGUGUUAAAGAACUUCGUGAAACAAAUGCUCAGAUGUCCAAAAUGACUGAAGAAUUGUCUGGGAAGAGUGAUGAACUGAUUCGAUACCAAGAAGAGAUCUCCAAUCUUUUGUCUCAGAUAGUAGAUCUUCAGCACAAACUUAAAGAACAUGUGAUUGAGAAGGAAGAACUGAGACUUCACCUACAAGCUUCCAAAGAUGCCCAAAAGCAACUGACAAUGGAGCUGCAUGAGUUACAAGACAGGAAUAUGGAGUGCCUAGGAAUGUUACAUGAAUCCCAAGAAGAAAUAAAGGAACUUCGUAGUAGAUCUGGCCCUGCUGCUCAUCUCUACUUCUCCCAAUCAUGUGGAGCAUUUUCUGGGGAAUCUCUGGCAUCUGAGAUUGAGGGGACCAUGCGUAAAAAAUUGAGUUUGGAUGAGGAAUCUUCUCUCUGUAAACAAAAAGCCCAGCAGAAGCGGGUAUUUGAUACUGUCAGGAUUGCCAAUGACACACGGGGCCGCUCUGUCCCAUUCCCAGCUCUGCUAGCCAUUCCAGGCUCCAACCGUUCAAGUGUCAUCAUGACAGCAAAACCUUUUGAGUCUGGUUUACAACAAACAGAGGACAAAACCCUCCUGAGCCAGCGGAGCAACUUGGAGGAGGGUCCAGGGAACGUUCAGAAGGUGGGUCAACCAGAACCCUCUGGAGAUAGUGAGUUGGCUACAGCACUGCAUCGCCUUAGUCUGCGGCGACAGAACUAUUUAAGUGAGAAGCAGUUCUUUGCUGAAGAAUGGGAGCGGAAGAUCCAGGUUCUGGCUGACCAGAAAGACGGGGUUAGUGGCCGUGGCACCCCCACGGAGAGCCUUGCCUCUCUCUGCACUGACCGGUCGGAGAUCACAGACUUCAGCAGUGCCAGCUGCCUUCGGUGUUUUAUGCCUGAAAAAUUACAAAUCGUCAAACCCCUUGAAGGAUCACAAACUCUGCACCACUGGCAGCAGCUUGCUCAACCAAAUUUAGGAACCAUUCUUGACCCACGACCAGGUGUUAUCACUAAAGGCUUUACCCAGUUGCCCAAGGAUGCCAUUUAUCACCUCUCAGACUUAGAAGAGGAUGAAGAGGAAGGUAUCACUUUUCAGGUUCAGCAACCUUUCCAAGUAGAACAGAAGCCUCCAGAUCCCAAGCCGGUAACAGGAAUCUUUCUACCACCCAUUACUUCAAUAGGUGGGCCAGCUACAGUUGCAACCUCAAACCCAGGAAAGUGUAUGUCAUGCACAAACUUGACAUUCACCUUCACCACCUGUAGGAUAUUACAUCCCUCUGAUAUCACUCAGGUUACCCCCAGCUCUGGGUUCCCUUCAUUAUCCUGUGGAAGUAGCAGUAGCAGUUCAUCAAACACUGCGGUAAAUUCUCCUGCUAUGUCCUAUAGACUGAGCAUUGGUGAAUCAAUCACCAACCGACGAGACUCCACUGUAACCUGCAGUAGCACCAUGAGCUUGGCCAAACUUCUACAGGAGCGAGGCAUCUCUGCUAAAGUGUACCACAGCCCAGUCUCAGAGAACUCGCUCCUUCAGCCUCUGCCUAAAGACCUGGCUAUCCCUUCCACACCCCCAAAUUCACCAUCUCACUCACCUUGCCCUUCUCCUUUGCCCUUUGAGCCUCGAGUACAUCUCUCUGAAAAUUUUUUGGCCUCCCGACCGGCUGAAACAUUCCUCCAGGAGAUGUAUGGCUUGAGACCUUCCCAGAACCCUCCUGAUGUGUGCCAAUUGAAGAUGAACUUAGUAGAGAGGCUGAAGAGACUGGGGAUAGCCAGAGCAAUCAAGACCCCUGAUGCCCAGGAAAAUGGAAGAAGCCAAGAGGCAGAACUUGGUCUUCAGACACCAGACUCUACUGUUUAUUUAAAUUCAGGUAGUAAUUUAUUGAGUGGAUUGAGGAGGAAUCAGAGUCUUCCAAUCAUGAUGGGUAGCUUUGGCCCCUCAAUUUGCACAUCCUCAUCCAAAAUGGAUAUCUUGAAGGAGGACUGAGGUUCAGCAGUUAACUGACCUGCUAUAUAAAUUAGCACACGAAGGAUAGAUUUGCACUGAUAAAGGUAGUCUGGUCUGAUGGAGAGAAAAGGAAUGUUGCAAAUGGGUUGUGAAUGUGGGAAGAGGAAAGUGAGAGAUCGGAAACAAUUGAGAUUAGGUCUUAAGGAAUGAGGUCUAAUAAAUUAAAAGUAUAAAUGAAUGGGUCGUGAGUGUUUGGAGACAGAAAAGGAAAAAAAGAUUUAAUACACUCCUUCGGUUGGGUGUUCUUGUCUUGAAAAUAAAAAGUGAUGAGAAAAUAAAUUCAGUGAUAUUGAAGUAUGCCAGGAAUACUUAAUUCGCUAGCACAUUGCCUUUUUGGUAAGCGUAAGCAGAGAACACCCAGGUUAGAGGAGGUGGGAAGAGAAAAGGAGCAACUUUGUUGCCUAGAGAAAGCCAUUCUGGAAGUCUGUUACUGAGACAAGAGUGAGGUGGCUUUUAUGUUUUCCCUUGUUGAUGUCUGGCUAAAUUACACUUCCAUCAAAUGGCAAACUCACAGCUUUAGCAAUCGAGGAAUUUUGCUUUUUUCAUAAGAUCAGUGUAGUGGAGACUCUCUUUUUGCUUUCUAUUUUCAGGUCUUUGAAUCUCUGGGAGCCCAAGCACCACCCAAAUUCCUUUUGUAUUUGUGAUUAACAAAAGUUCAUUUUUUAAAUUUGUAUUUUUAUACAACAUCCUAAAACACAAUGUGUGUGGAGGUUGGAAGGGUUUGUUUUAAGAAGGAAAUGUGGGUAAAUUGGAAUCAGAGAAACUUGUUUUCAGAAUAUUGCUUCUGGAUAAGUUUAGUGGCCAAGGAGUAUGAACAUAAUUGAAUUUCCUUGGAAUUUGGAUGGGAUUAAAUCAGAAGUACAAUCAGUAGGAAUUAGAGAAUGUUGUAUAUGUAUGUAUGUAUGUACAUUUUUUAAUAAGGAAAGUUGGUUGCAGCUAAGCUUUUUUGAAAGUGUUCUAUGCAUAUUUUUAAUGAAAGAUGACAUGUAUUUGCACAAAAAUUCUCAGGCACAUUAAAUUAUUUAUUUAAACUGAAGUAAAAAACCCAGGUGCUUGCUUUGAGACUAGUUUUUUAAAUGUAAAAUAAAAUUAAAACACAUCUGCCUUUUUCUAGAUAUCUGUGAAUUUACAGAAUGAACUUUUUAAUGGGAGAGUCAAAGCUCUUGCUUUUUUCUCUGGUUCUUUUUGUUUGUUUUUUUU